AUGGAAGAUAUCGGGAUACAAAUAGGGAAAGAUCUCAAACGUUUUCGCACCAGAUGCGGUAUGAGCGUCGAUGAAGUAGGAGCAUCUGUCGGCGCAAGCGGAGAAGAUGUAAGCGCAUGGGAAGCUGGGCAGGAGUUUGAUGGGGAGACACUUGUCAAACUUUGUAGGCUUUACGACGUUGAUUUCUCUGACUUUCAUAUUGAACGCGGUACACAUACCGAUACAAAAGAUGAAGGGUAG